UCCUGGCACAGGGACGCAUCCUGCCGUCAGGUUCUCCAACAUAAUUCCAGGGGAACUCUCGAUACUCGUGGCUCUGAGCGAGUGAGUUUAUACGCAAAUAUCCCACGAGAUGGGAGAAAACAUCAAUUCGAGCGCCCCGUUCUCGAUGUCGGGGAAGACUGCCAUUAUCGCUGGCGCCGGCUCCGGUGCGUCUUACGCCCUUUCCAUCGUUCCCCCCCCAUUUUCUAGAGAAACCCUUCACGAAAACCAGCGCACUGCCAAUUCCCAGGAAUCAACCUCGCCUUCGCCGAGCUCCUCCUCUCCCGCAACUGCAACGUCCUCCUCGCCGACCUGUCUCGCGUGUCCCGGCGCGGGCGUCUACGAGCCCCACUGGUCCAACUGUGCGUAUCAACGCCGUCGCGCCGGGCAUCGUGCGCACGCCGCUGUGGACGGAGCACCCCGAGAAGAGCGUCAACCUCGACGCGGAGCGGGACGCCUGGAUCACGCCCCAAGAGGUGGCGGAGGCGAUGUUGGCGUGUGCCGAGAGUGAGAGUUAUCUAAGCGGCUCGGUCGUCGAGGUGGGAAAGGAGUCAAGGACCAUGUCCGCGUGGUGCAGACGGUCAACGAUCCCGGCCCGGAUCCGGAUCCGUUCAAGGGGUUCAUGUUGAGUAAUACGGCCAAGGGGGAGAGAUGUUGCGGGAUUGGCUUGGUAGGGAGGACAUCUGGCGCGGUAAGAAGGAGCAGAAAGGAGUAGAAGUAGCAGAAGUAGUACG